AUGGCAGGAUCAUCGAAAUCGAAGGGGAAGAAGCAGCAUAAGAAGAAAGGUCCAUCAGGAUCUACUGAGGGCAGGAAAGUACGAUCAAUUGCAGAACUUCAUGGAGUUGAGCCAUUAAUGGUGGAUGCUCCUGCUUUGACGGAACCUCUUUCGCCGAAGAGCUCCAUUGAAGCACUUCAGAAGCAGAGUAGAGAGAAAGUGCAAUUAUCAGAAUGGUUAACUAUAAUGAAGAAGAAUCAGAGUCGAUUGAAUACCAUUGAGCAAGGUAAUAUUCAAUCUCGAAGUUUACUAAAUGAAUUUGAUAAGAUUCAUUCAUCUGAAAUUGCGAUUGAUAAUGAUAAAAUUGGAAUUGGUAAUCAAUCUGUAUCAAUUAAGAUCGACUAUGAGGAUAUUAAAGAUGAGAUUGAGUAUUGGGAGAAUGCUGUAGUCUGUUACGUAGUCGGUGCAAAUCCACCAUUUCCGGUGAUGGAGGGCUUUCUGAGAAGGAUUUGGGGAAAAUUUGGAAUAGAUAAAAUUGGAGCUGUUGGCAAGGGUUUCUUUCUGGUGAGAUUGAACACGAAAGAACAGAGAGAUGCAAUUCUUAAUGGUGGAUUCCAAUUUUUUGACAAGAAACCAAUGAUUGUCAAAGCUUGGCACCAAGACCUGAAUCUUCAGAAAGAGAAUAUGAAGAGGCUUCCAAUUUGGAUCCAAUUACCUCAAUUGGACCUUAAAUACUGGGGUGAAUCAUAUUUGUAUAAGUUAGUGGCUGGGAUUGGAACUCCUCUCAAACUUGAUCAAGCAACCAAAGCUAAAUAUCGAUUGAACUUUGCUCGGAUUCUGGUAGAGGUUGGCAUUGAUCAAUAUUUCCCUGAUUCCAUCAGUUUUGAGAAUGAAAAAGGGGAAGUGAUAUGCCAGGCAAUAGGGUAUGAGUGGAAACCCAUCUCUUGUGGGAAUUGUCAUGGUCUAGGACAUGAGACUGCAAAGUGCUUCCAGGAAGUUAAGAAGAAAAAGAAGGUAUGGGUGGUGAAGGAGAAGCCAGAGAAGAAUGCAGAUGGGUUUACAUUGGUGACAAAAGGAGGAGCUCAUCCAGCUCAGGCAACAGAACCAGUGGUUAUCCACAACUCUUUUGAGGCUCUGGAGCAAACUGUACCUGAAUUGGAGAUAAUGGGCAGGGUGGACAAUAUAACAGUUGAGGAUGAACAGGAAGCAGAUGAGGAUGAUGUAAGCCAGGAGGGGGAGCCUCCUGACAUCCAUGGAUAG